CGCACGUUGACAAACACACGUGUGUGCACAGCAGCAUGGAUCUCUCAAAGUGGUGCAAUUUAUCCUCCGCUCCGAGUUUAAAGAAUUUGACAGAGGCAGGCUUUGGUGUCCCGAAAAAGAAACAGCACGUGCUCGUGCAGCACCUGGUGAAAGCGCACAUCGAGUCGUUUGAUCAGGCUGUUACUGAUGGACUGUGUCGUGUUGUGGGGGCUAUUCCUCCACUGGAGUUCACGUUCAAGGAAGAGAGAAUCAGUAUGUCUUAUGUGGAGGCUGUGAUGCACACUCCAUCAGUCUCUAAAGGAGGAAUCAGCAAAGAUCUGAGGGUCUUUCCUGCUGAAUGCAGAGGCAGACGAUGUACUUACAGAGGAAAGCUGGUGGCAGAUGUGAGCUGGUCCAUAAAUGGAGUACCUAAAGGAAUCAUCAAGCAGUCUUUGGGUCAGGUGCCUGUCAUGGUCAAAUCUAAACUGUGCAACCUUUACAGUCUCUCGCCCAAAGAACUCAUCGAGCAUCACGAGGAAGCCGAGGAAAUGGGCGGUUAUUUUAUCGUGAACGGCAUCGAGAAAGUGAUUCGUCUGCUGAUCAUGCCGAGGAGAAACUAUCCCAUUACCUUGUGUAGACCCAAAUUUAAGAGCAGGGGUCAGGGCUACACACAGUACGGUAUUUCAAUGCACUGUGUAAAGGAGGAACACACAGCCAUUAAUAUGAAUCUUCACUACCUGGAUAACGGAACAGUUAUGCUGAAUUUCAUUUACCGGAAAGAGCUGUUCUUUAUUCCCUUGGGCUUUGCGCUGAAGGCUCUGGUAGACUUCUCGGAUUUCCAAAUCUAUCAGGAGCUGAUCAAAGGUCGAGAGGAGAACUCGUUCUUCCAGAGCUGUGUCUCUCAAAUGCUGCGUAUGGUCAUGGAUGAGGGCUGCACGACUAAAGAGAAGGUGCUCAAUUACCUGGGCGAGCGUUUCAGGGUCAAGCUGAACCUUCCGGAGUGGUAUACUCACAAGCAGUGUGCCAACUUUUUGUUAGAUGAAUGUUUGUGUAUCCACCUGAAGACAGAUGUGGAGAAGUUUUACACGUUGUGUCUAAUGACACGCAAGCUCUUCAGCUUUGCCAAGCAGGAGUGCAUGGAAGAAAACCCAGACAGUUUGAUGUGUCAGGAAGUUCUCACACCUGGGCAGCUCUACCUCAUGUUCCUGAAAGAGAAGAUGGAAGCCUGGCUGAUGUCUGUGAAACUGGUCUUGGAUAAGAGAGCGCAGAAACUGGUAGGAUUGUCUGCAGAGAAUCUGCUCAAGGCCUUUACCAAAGCCUCGGAUCUCACCAAACCUUUUGAGUAUAUUUUAGCCACAGGAAACCUCCAGUCCAAGACAGGUCUGGGCAUGCUACAGGACACAGGACUGUGUGUCGUGGCAGACAAGCUGAACUUCGUCCGGUAUGUUUCUCAUUUCCGCUGCGUGCACAGAGGAGCCGCCUUUGCUAAGAUGAGGACCACGUCUGUGCGAAAACUGCUGCCAGAGUCCUGGGGUUUCGUGUGCCCCGUGCACACGCCUGACGGAGAGCCCUGUGGUCUCAUGAAUCACCUGACUGCCAGCUGUGAGAUUGUGGCCCCACUUUAUCCCACAACCACUUUGCCGGCCCUGCUCUGUUCGCUGGGUAUGACUCCAGCAGACGGGACCCCUGGUCAGCCGUACUCCGACUGUUAUCCUGUCAUACUAGACGGGGCCAUGAUCGGAUGGGUGGAGAGAGAGAUGGCGUCGUCUGUGGCUGAGUCUCUCCGCAGGUUUAAAGUGCUGGGAGAAAAGAAGGUGCCACCCUGGACUGAGAUCGUUCUGGUUCCUCAGACGGGUAAAGCCAGCUUGUACCCCUCUCUCCAUCUGUUCACUACACCCUGUCGCAUGGUUCGGCCCGUCCGGAACCUCGCCCUGGGAAAACAGGAGCUUAUCGGCACCUUUGAGCAGGUGUACCUCAACGUGGGAAUCUUUGAGAGCGAGAUCGAGGAAGGAGUCACCACGCAUCAAGAGCUGUUUCCUCACAGCAUGUUGAGCGUGGUGGCAGCUUUAAUUCCCUUCCCCGACCACAACCAGAGUCCCAGAAACAUGUACCAGUGCCAGAUGAGUAAACAGACCAUGGGCUUCCCGUUGCACUCGUACCAGGACCGGUCCGACAACAAGCUGUACCGUCUGCAGACCCCCCAGAGUCCGCUGGUCAGACCUGUGAUGUACGACCACUACAACAUGGACAAUUACCCUAUCGGCACCAACGCGAUCGUGGCCGUCAUUUCUUACACCGGAUAUGAUAUGGAGGACGCUAUGAUUGUUAACAAGUCCUCGUGGGAGCGCGGCUUCGCCCACGGUUCUGUUUAUAAGACGGAGCUUGUAGAUCUGUCCGAGAAGUUCAGAGGUGAGGACAGCGUCGUGUUUGGGGUGACACCAAAUGAUCCGAAAGUGAUGAAUCAACUGGAUGCAGAUGGAAUGCCGUUUAUAGGCUCUGUGCUGAAGUAUGGAGACCCUUUCUACUGCUGCGUCAAUCUCAAUACCAACAAGAGUCAUGUGACUUUCUACAAGAGCCAAGAAGAUUGUGUGGUGGACAAUAUCAAAGUAUGCAGCAAUGACAACGGGACGGGCCGCUUCAAACGCGUCUGCAUCACAUACCGCAUUCCCAGAAACCCCACCAUCGGAGACAAAUUCGCCAGCAGACACGGUCAGAAGGGUAUCCUGAGUCGGCUGUGGCCCACGGAGGACAUGCCCUUCAGUGAGAGUGGCAUGACCCCGGACAUCCUGUUCAACCCUCACGGAUUCCCUUCCAGAAUGACCAUCGGUAUGCUCAUCGAGAGCAUGGCUGGAAAGUCCGGCGCCCUCCACGGCUUGUGCCACGACGCCACGCCCUUCACCUUCUCCGAGGAGAAUUCUGCGCUGGAGCACUUCGGCGAGAUGCUGAAGGCUGCGGGGUACAAUUACUACGGCACCGAGCGACUGUACUCCGGUCAGAGCGGCUUGGAGCUAGAGGCGGACAUCUUUAUCGGGGUGGUUUACUACCAGCGCCUGCGGCACAUGGUUUCCGAUAAGUUCCAGGUGAGGACUACGGGAGCGAGAGAUAAAGUCACCAAUCAGCCGUUGGGUGGGAGGAACGUGCAGGGCGGAAUCAGGUUUGGGGAGAUGGAACGAGACGCUUUGCUGGCUCACGGGUCAUCGUUCCUGUUACACGACCGGCUGUUUAACUGCUCGGACCGGUCUGUGGCUCAGGUUUGCGUAGACUGCGGCAGCCUGCUGUCCCCGCUUCUGGAAAAGCCGCCACCUGAAUGGUCAGCCAUGCGGCUUAGAAAGACCGUCUGCCUGCUGUGCGAUAAGAGCGACUCCAUCGAGACUGUGUCCGUUCCGUAUGUGUUCAGAUACUUUGUGGCCGAGCUUGCUGCCAUGAACAUUAAAGUCAAAUUAGAUGUCAAGUAAUAUUUGCUGUUUGGUUUCAUGCAUUUGUGGAAAAUAAAGUGCCUGAAUGUGUAAUAUUAUGGAGUAUUCCCUUACAGACUGUUUAAACUAGUGAAGGUUAUGCAUACAAAGAAAAUUGAAAUUUAACGAUACUGGUUUCAUUCAUUGUUGAUUCUUAUAUUUAGGAGUUUUGAGAAAGAACAUAACCUAGCCCAAUGCCUGGUUUAUAACACUACUAUUUUUGAUAACAUUGAAAUGCUUUUAGAAUUAAAGUACCAUUUAUUACUACAUGAGUGUUUCGAAAUGUGUUUUUAGAUGUAAAUUAAAUUACACCGAUUUAAAGGGAUAGUUCACCCCACAAAUAAAAAAUGUGUUUAUUUACUUGGUAACACUUAUUCAAUAUGGUGCUAUUAGUUAACAUUAAAUAAUGCAUAAAUGCAUUAGCUAACAAUGAACAAUUUAGUUUUUCAGCAUUUAUUAAUCCUUGUCAAUGUUAGUUCAUGUCAAUACAGUUGUUCAUAUUAGUUCAUGGUGCAUUAACAACGUUUGAUUUUAAUUAUGGAUUACUAAAUGCUGAAAUUAACAUGAAUUAAAAUUAAUAAAUGCUGUAGAAGUAUUGUUCACUGUUAGUUCAUGUUAGCUAAUGCAUUAACUAAUUGUUAACAAAUAGCACCUUAUUGUAAAGUGUUACCAUUUACUCUCAUGUAGUUCUGAAACACGUCUCAAUGGUUUUGUGCCAGUGGGGUCACCAAUGUUCUCCAAAAUAUCUUUUGUGCUUAGGAUGACAUUUGUGACCCUGGACAACAAAACCAGUCUUAUGGGUGAAUUUUUUGAAAUUGAGAUUUACACAUCAUCUGAUGGCUGAAUAUAUAAGCUCCACUGAUAUAUGGUUAGUUAGGAUAGGACCAUAUUUGGCCGAGAUACAACUAUUUAAAAAUCUGGAAUCUGAGGGUGCAAAAAAUCAAAAUAUUGUGUAAAUUGUUCUUGAAGUUGUUAAUGAGAGGCGCUGUAGCCGGCCCUUGCUAAGAAGAAACAGGUUUGUUUUAACACUGUCUAUGGGCCUACCGCUGUAAUGACAUGUCAGAUAUUCUAAGCUUUAAAUAAAUAUCAAAUUUAUGUGGGUAAUUCCCAAAGAGCGGGCAGCAGCGAGCGAAGUUUGUAGGCGUCUUUUCUGUCAUUUUUGUUAGCAAUUUUUCUGCAUCCACUUACAAAAAUAAAGUUUUGAUAUAUCUUCUGGAACAUGAUCUUUACUUAAUAUUAAUUAAUUAAAAAACACUAAAUAAUUUUGGCAUAAAAGAAAAAUCGAUCAUUUUGUCCCAUACAAUUUUUUGGUGGCUUUUGCCACAAAUACUCCUGUGCUACUAAAGACUUAAGGUUUUGUGGUCCAGGGUCACAUUUAGGGUAAAUAAACAAUAAAAGAAGUCUCACAAACCUUAUACACUAAAAAAUACAAGUAACUAACUUUUGAAGAUGAUUCGCAACUCUUUUUGAAUGAUUCAUUAAUGAGUCAUUUGUUUGUAACUCAGUCUGGAGAAGGUCUGCAAUUUUUUUGCAGCAAAGAUAAUGCAUUACAAAGACGAUACAAAGCUGUAUUUGUUAAAAAUAUUGUACAAACUGUUUAUAGAUGAUAUAACUGCUGUUGAAAAUACGAGAAAAAGAUUCGUUCAUACUUUGAAGAUGGUUAAUAUUAGACAUGGAAGUUAACUUAAUUUUUACAGUAUUCACUGGCCAAGUAACAUUAAGGUAAAUUUGAAUAAAAAUGUACAUGUUUACUGAAACUUUUGAAAGAAAAUACCAUUUUAAGUAGGGCUGUCAAACUAUUAAUCGCGAUUAAUCACAUCCAGAAUAAAAGUCUGUUUACAUAAUGGA